CAUCGACCAAUAAGAUCAGGAGAAACGUCCACGUGUCUUUAUACGAAAUCUUGUCUAGUAAAAAGCGCAGCAGAAAAAAAUCGAGUAAAGAAGAAGAAGACGAGAGUAGUAGCAGAAGAAGAAGAAGAAGAAGAAGAACCAGUUCGAUGGCGAUGACAGUAGCAGCUUCGUCCUCUGUGGCAGUGAUGAUUCCACGUGUCCCAGCCGUCUCCGCCCGCUUCUCCGCCGUUCCUUACCUUCCUCCGCUGCCUCCUCGCUCUUUUGGCCGAUCUUCUUUCGCUGUUCCCCUGAAGCUAGUUUCAGCGAACGGUUUACAGAAGGUUGAAUUGAUGAAGACGAGAGCUUCUUCAUCAGACGAGACCUCAACGUCCAUUGACACCAACGAACUCUUUACAGACUUGAAGGAAAAGUGGGAUGGUCUUGAGAACAAAACAACUGUGGUUAUCUAUGGAGGAGGAGCCAUUAUAGCUGUUUGGUUAUCUUCCAUUCUUGUUGGUGCCAUCAACUCUGUUCCUCUGCUUCCUAAAGUUAUGGAGCUUGUUGGUCUCGGGUACACAGGAUGGUUUGUCUACAGAUACCUUCUCUUCAAGUCAAGCAGAAAGGAGUUGGCUGAGGAUAUUGAUUCCUUGAAGAAGAAGAUCGCAGGGACCGAAUAGAUUCUUUCAUAAAAAUAAUAAACAAGCUUUCUUUCUUUCUUUCUUUCUGGAGCUUUUCUGUAAUGUGAUUAUUAUACAAUGUCUCUGUUUUCAACAGUGUACCUUCUUCAGUGUGAAAAUAUUAUCUUUGAUC